AUGGUAGACGAGAUCUCGAAACGAGCAACCCGAAGCGCUCAGCAAAAAGGUUCCAAAACCACAGCAAUAGAAGAGAGCUUGAGUAGUCAACUUAACACAUCGACACAUGCGACGGGUGUACCUCCGCAAAACAUUACCACCGCAACGGGUAACGACAGAACCCAACAGAUGCCGAAUACUGGACCAGAGAACGACGCGUUAGAAUUGGACAGCAAAAGCGAAGAAAGCGACACUUUCAAAGAUUUACCAGAUAACAAUCCUAAGGAAGGAGCUGGUAACAUCACGAGGUACAAAGAAAUACUUUCAAACGUACCGACCAUCAUAACAACCGAUGAUCUAUUGGUAUCUCACCAGAACCCAACCUUAAAUCAAGAUACACCGCCGUUGGCAGACCCAGACAACCCUACGCCGAUCCGCAAGUCCGACAAAUCUACCCUGUGGGAUAAGAUUGCGGAGGCCGUAGCAGCGAACGACAAAGUCAACGCAGACUUCUUCAUAAGGCUCUAUUCACAAAUCAACGAUACCUCGAACGCUUUGAAACCAGACAUCCUACGUUCUCGCUCAAACGAUGCCGUGAACCCCCAAAUCGUCUCAUCCACCUCGAAGAAAGCACCUGAAAAAACUUCCAUCAUUUUUAAUUACGAGGUCCGAUCCCCCUGA